AUGAAGUUCUCAGCUCUUCUCGCUCUCUGCUCGGCGGCGGCAUCCAUGUCGAUCGUCACGAACAAGCCAGCGAGCCCGGCGGACAAGAUCUCGAUACAAGCAGCGCACCCUGGUAACCUGUCUGCGGUUCAAGACUCGGAAGGCCUGGCUCAGCCCCAUCUAGCAGUGCAGCCUCGGGCUGAUCGCCUAGAUGAUGCAACUGAAAUGCGCCUGGACACGUUGUUUUCCACGCUCUCGCCUAUACGGGUUGACUGCUUUCAUGUGACUACCGCCCGCCUUCUCGGUGUCUCCCUUCAGACAUUUGAGCAGCACACCGGCAUACCGGUUCCAGCACGCGGCACGGGCGGUAUCAGCGGGCCAGCUAUGGUUCAGGCACUUCAAAGGCUUGGUUGGGUAGCCGAGGUGUGGAAAUCUGGAGCUGCGGGGGUUACAGAAGCCGUUGCGCAUAGAAGAUUCGCAAGUAUGCCCGCGAGUCAGAGACCUGACAAGGUCGGGGUGGCAUACCGUCGGCGAGAUGGCUCAGGCCAUGUCGUUUUCUGCAACAAUCCGGGAAAAAUGCCUUACGCAAAAUACACAGACUAUCAAGCAUCCACAAAGGGAGUGGAUGUAUCAGGGGAGGUUAGGAAGUCGACUAUCUUCGCUGUCUUUGGACCUCCAAAGCUAGGAAACGGUGCUGCGCCCAUGGAAGUUGACUCGGAAGGCGACCCCAUGGACGUUGAUCCUCGUGUCUAA